AUGCCUCUUAUCUUUAGCCACUUUUUUAACUUUGAUGCUGCACAAAUUGGAAUACUAACAUCGUGCACCACAUUUGUUGCCUUUUCUACCUCAGAGGAAGCUAUUAAAGCUCUGAAUGAAAUGAAUGGGAAGAUCAUCGGGCGAAAACCUCUCUAUGUUGCUGUGGCUCAGCGUAAAGAUGACAGGAAGGCCAGACUUCAGGCACAAUUUUCUCAAGCUCGACCACCUGUUGCGAUGGCACCUCUGCCCCCAGGUAUUGCUGCAUACCAUCUUGGAGGACCUAGACCUCCUCAUCCUCGACAGAUGUACUUUAGUCAAGGUGGUCCUGGUCUUGUUCCACAACCUGCAGCUUAUGGCUUCCAACCCCAACUAUUGCCUGGGAUGAGGCCAGGUGUUGCCCCAAACUUCAUGAUGCCAUACCCACUCCAGCGACAAGGGCAGCCUUCGCCAAGAAUGGGUGCGAGGAGAGCUGGGAACCCACAGCAGCAGAUGCAGCAACAUCAGUUGAUGCAGCGCAAUGCCAAUAGUCCCGGUUAUAGAUACAUUUCAAAUGGACGGAAUGAACCAUCUAUGGUACCUCAGGGUUUCAUGGGUCAGAUGAUGUCAUUCCAGUCUGAUGUUGCUGGCAUGCCGGUGUCUCCAGUUGAUGCACAACGACCUGGAUCAGUGCAAACACUUGCCUCGGCUUUGGCUUCUGCAGAUCCUGAGCAUCAGCAUGUGAUGCUUGGAGAACAUUUAUAUCCUCUGGUUGAGCGCAUUGAGCAUGACCAAGCGGGUAAAGUCACAGGGAUGUUGUUGGAGAUGGACCAAACCGAAGUCCUACAUUUAUUGGAGGCACCUGAAGCGCUAAAGAAGAAAGUGGAAGAGGCGUUGAUUGUUCUUGGAUCUGCUCACAAGUCGGAUCCUACUCUAGAUCGGUUUGCUAGUUUAUCUUUGAACAACUGAUUUGGGUGUUGCCCUGAUCUGUUGUUGUCUUACGCCUAUUGAUUUGGGUUAUUUUUUGAUACGGAAUUGAGUGGCUUUAAUGGUUUGGGUUUAGAUAUAUGGGAUAAUGAGUCAGAUUUAUAUUUUGGGGGUGGAAGGAGGUAUAAGUUUAGGAAUUUGACAAGUUUUUUUCUGGAUGGGGUGUUUUCAUUUUGUUACUGUUGAACUUCAUCAUACUUUAUGGAAGGAUUUUGAG